AAGGCGGAGGAAGGGCGAAGAGAAAGACCCGGAGAAAACUGGUGAAAGCAACAGAGAGGCGUUUCAGUGGUCGGCUCGCCAGAGAAGGAACCAGUGGAGGCUGAACGCGGAGGAACUAACGCUUUAGCCUUAAAGUCUCUCGGUGUGGAUUGUACUGCUGCCGGGGAGCCACUGGGCACGCGCCCGCUGCUGUGUGCGUCGUCGGGCGGAUGCGUUUGACUUCACCAUGAGGAGCGACCCUCUUCUGUUCACAUCCAACAGGGCGAUGGAGGAGCUGGUGUGUGAGCUUCGUCUGUUCCUGGACCUGUUGGACAGGGAGUAUCUGAGUGCUGGAGUUCGAGAGAAGAAGAUGCACCUCUCCAACAUCCUCCACAGAGUCCUGUCAGAUAAAGAGCCAUCAUUCAAGUCAGAGAUCCACAGUGGUCUGCCGGCCCCACCUCAGAUGCCCCUCCCUGAGAUCCCUCACCCCUGGCUGCCUCCAAACAAUGGCCCUCCUCCUCUGCCCAGCUCCUCUCUACCAGAAGGCUACUACGAGGAAGCGGUUCCUUUAAGUCCUGGAAAGGCUCCUGAAUACAUCACUGCCAACUAUGACUCAGAUGCCAUGAGCAGCUCUUAUGAGUCGUACGACGAGGAAGAGGAGGAUGGGAAGAGCCAAAAGACGCGUCACCAGUGGCCAUCUGCAGAAGCGUCCAUGGACCUGGUGAAGGACGCUCGGAUCUGUGCAUUCCUGCUGCGCAAGAAGCGCUUUGGCCAGUGGACCAAACUCCUCUGUGUCAUCAAAGAUAACAAACUGCUGUGUUACAAGUCCUCCAAAGACCACACACCCCAGAUGGAGCUGACCCUGACAGGGUGCAGCAUCAAUCACAUCCCCAAAGAUGGCAAGAAGAAAAAGCACGAACUGAAGAUUGUCCACCAGGGGGCGGAUGCCCUGGUGCUGGCUGUGCAGAGCAAAGAACAGGCCGAAGAGUGGCUCAAGGUGAUGAGAGAGGUGUGUGUUAAUGGGGGUGUAGACUUGGAUAGAGCUGGAUCUGGAUCACCUGUUCACAAACCUGAAUUGGAAAAGAAGGCACCGUGUGACAGACCAAGCUCUGAUGGUGAAGUGACUCAUGAGAACGGACAAAGCGACUGCAAGGACCAAGCAAAAGGAAAGAAGAACUCAAAGUCUGAGCAUAAGACUGGGACAGUGGGGAAGGGAGCAGGAAAGAAGAUCACUAAAAUCAUCGGGCUGGGGAAGAAGAAGCCGUCCACAGAUGAGCAGACGUCGUCAGCAGAAGAAGAAGUGCCCUCGUGUGGCUACCUCAACGUGUUGUCUAAUAACCGUUGGAGGGACCGCUGGUGCCGCCUGAAAGACAACCAGCUGCUCCUCCAUAAGGACCGUGACGACCUGAAGAGCCACAUCGCUUCGCUGCCCCUGCGAGGCUGCGAGGUCAGCCCUGGCCUCGAUCACAAACACCCCUUUGCCUUCCGCCUGCUUCGUAACAGCCAGGAGGUCGCUGUGCUGGAGGCCGCCUCCUCGGAGGAGAUGGGUCGCUGGUUGGGGAUUUUAUUGUCUGAGACCGGCUCCACCACCGACCCCGCCACUCUGCACUACGACUACAUCGACGUGGAGACCACCGCCAAUGUCAUCCAGCUGGCCAAGCAGUCCUUCUGUUUCACCAGUAAGCGCGCUGUCUCUCCGAACCCGUACCUGGACAACCCCGUCAAUGGCUACGCCUGCCCCACUGGGAUGGCUCUGCACUAUGACGAUGUGCCCAUUAACGGGACGGACCCGGAGGUGCAAUACUCCAGUCCCAACACAAGGAGGUGCCAGCUGAAAGACCAGGAGCACUAUGAGAACGCUGACCUCUAUGAAAACAUGCCCUCAUCCAAGCAGGACACUCACUCUGCUCCCAGGCCUUCCUCUUCUUCUACUUCCUCUUCCUCUUCCUCUACCAGUCGAUACAAAACCCCUGUUUCUAAAGUCUCUUCUAAGUUCCUGGCAGCUGAUUCUAAAACUAAAGCUACUGUUCAGCUGAAGGGAAAGAAGGGAACAGGGUCCAAUGGGACGGCAUCCAAACAAAAGCCCGAGCCGAAGAGCCAGAUCAAGAAGAACGGAGUCAAUGGGACGAAUGGUAGCGCCUCUCUGAGACGGAACGGCUCCAAUGCAGAGCAGUGCAAGUAUGGGAAGAACCGCGUGGAGGCUGACGCCAAGCGGCUGCAGGCCAAGGAGGACGAGCUGAUGAAGAAGAAGCAGGAGAUCAGGAACCGUCUGACCCAGCUGAAGAAGGAGAGGAGGGACCUGCGCACUGCAGUGGAAGCUGCUGCUGGCAAACGUUCACACGCCUCGCUGUCGGAGCAACUGAAGAAGGUGGAGGAGGACUGCAGGCUGAGGGAGGAGGAGCGGGUCAACCUGGAACUGGAGCUGACUGAGGUGAUGGAGAGCCUGAAGAAAGCCCUGAGUGGUGGGGUCACCCUGGGCCUCACCAUCGAACCAAAAGCAGGCUCCUCUGGAAUCCAGUCGCCAACAACACUGCGACGGGCCCAGGAGUCGUUCUCCAGCUGCGACACCAGUGACACAGAGUCCUGCUCCCUGCCGGUCAACAGCGCCUCACUGCUCCGCCGCCAGCAGGGGGGCCUGAAGGCUUCACCAGUCCGGGGACACGUCCUCAGGAAGGCCAAGGAAUGGGAGCAGAAGACUGGCACAUAAACCAGCCAGCCCCUCACUCCACUCUACUUUCAUGUCUUUUUUUUCUUUUUAAGAAAUUGUGCAUAUAUUUAUUUCAAACUGUUCAUAUAGUGUGAGAGUGUGUUGAGGAGCAGACAAGCAGAGCAUACCCAUCCGGUCAGAGCAUCCUUUUUCAACUGUUGUACAUUGAGCAUGCUGAGCGCCCUGAGUUGUGCCACUUGUGUUGUCCGCUCUACUUUCUCUUCAGUCACCUUUGUUUUUGAUUGACAAUGUUCGCUCAAAAAGGUCAAAACCAAGUAUUUAUUUGUAAAUGUUACGAGGAAUUACUAUCUUCCCUUUUUUAUUUAUGUUGAUGUAUUUAAAGUUAUUUUUGAUGAAUUUGUGGCGCUCCACAGAAUCCCAUUCCCUCCACCAUCAUGUGUGUCAACAUCAGCAAACCAAGUGAUCACAACAACUGUAACACACACCAGCUCCUCUCUAAGGGCGAUUUCAAGAAGCACAAUUAUUCUCAAGAUCAUCCAAACUGUAAGAAACACAGUGAAUUAUGGCGUUGACAUGUUCAACCAUAGAGGACAGGUUUAUGGAAAGCAUUAAAAUCAUGCCAUUCAUUGUUUUUACUUUGUAAAAAUGUCCUUAAACUGUCCUAACCAUGACACACAAAAGUGAUACAUUAUUAAAUUAAUACAUUAUCAAAUAUGUUUUCUUGUAAACAACCUGUUAACUUUAACACUAGCAGUCCAUAUGUUCUGUAUCUGCAGAUGUAACCAUGGUAAGAAGGUUAUGUCCCGCAGUGAAAUGCUAGUAGCCACAGAUUGCUAACAGUGCUUUUCCAUCCAGCCAAUGGAAUGGAGACACCUCUCACUGAAGCCGUUUACUCUUAGAAGACCCAGUACAGUUUGAGCCACGUCGUCUCAGAGGGAACAACCUUGUGCUUCUUAAAGUUGUCUAUUCGUGUGAUGCUGGUCGGGCUGUAGCAGGACGCUAGCCGGUGUGUAGCAGGACGCUGGUCGGGCUGUAGCAGGACACUAGCUGAUGUGUAGCAGGACGCUAGCCGGUGUGUAGCAGGACGCUAGCCGGUGUGUAGCAGGAUGCUGGUCGGGCUGUAGCAGGACGCUGGCCGGGCUGUAGCAGAACGCUAGCCGAUGUGUAGCAGGACGCUAGCCGGGCUGUAGCAGGACGCUAGCCUGUGUGUAGCAGGACGCCGGUUGGGCUGUAGCAGGACGCUAGCCUGUGUGUAGCAGGACGCUGGUCGGGCUGUAGCAGGAUGCUAGCCGGUGUGUAGCAGGACGCUAGCCGGGCUGUAGCAGGAUGCUGGUCGGGCUGUAGCAGGACGCUAGCCGGGCUGUAGCAGGACGCUAGUCGGACUGUAGCAGGACGCUAGCCGGUGUGUAGCAGGACGCUAGCCGGUGUGUAGCAGGACGCUAGUCGGACUGUAGCAGGACGCUAGUCGGUGUGUAGCAGGACGCUAGUCGGACUGUAGCAGGACGCUAGCCGGUGUGUAGCAGGACGCUAGUCGGACUGUAGCAGGACGCUAGCCGGUGUGUAGCAGGACGCUAGUCGGACUGUAGCAGGACGCUAGCCGGUGUGUAGCAGGACGCUAGUCGGACUGUAGCAGGACGCUAGCUGGUGUGUGUUAGUGUUGAAGAGGCGCGGAAAACUCAGAAACCUCAACUGCUGUGGCUGAACAACCCGUGUGUGUGUGUGUGUGUGUGUGUGUGUGUGUGUGUGUGUGUGUGUGUGUGUGUGUGUGUGUGUGUGUG